AUGCACCCGUCUUCCUCACGAAUAGCACAACACGCAGCUCUGGAUCUGUUCGUACUUGGAUUUCCUCAACAAGCCAACGUACUUCUCAACACAAUCCAUGAAUACGGUCUUGACACGACGACAAGCAGAUAUGCCGGCCGCAUGAGAGUCACCACCGAGAAGCAGUUGCAAGGGGCUUGGUCGGCCAGCGAUUCUUUCCCAACGUGGGCAGACAAGCCAGACGCUGCGCUCGCGGAAAUCAUCAGUACCACGGGUUUACCCAAACACAUAGCAAGGAAAGCAGAAGAAAGGACGCUCAGUAAGGAAGAUGUGGACGACGCGCACAAACGCUUGAAUGCAAACCCAGAUGCCAUUUAUCAGCCUCCGGGAGAGACUAUGACACUUGGCGCGGUGAUACAGGUUGCGUUACUUGCAGGCGAAGAGCGUCUAGCUACCAGCUUGAUCGAGAACAAUAUGAAAGACCUAUACCAGUACUUGCUGGACAGUUGGAACGUUUCCGAUAUCAGCGGAGACGAGGCCAGAGAAUGGAUUCAGCGUCGCCAGGGCUUGGAGCAUUGUCCAGGCAUAUGGGACAUUCUAGCCUCUGCGAAACUGGGGGAAAUGUUUGAUCUGCGUGUGGCAGACGUGGAUGCAUACGUCAAAGAGGGUUGCGCCCUCUUCAAGCAACGUUCUAUCGAAGGCCCUGCGCGCCCGUAUCUGUCCACGUCGAUCGCCGAGCUAGUGCAGAUGAUUGAAAACAACAUCUUCACCCGACGCAAAGACGACGGUGAAGACGAUAUCACCCCAGUUCUCAGGCCCGGCGCGUCAGAAGCUCAAAUUGCCGCCCUCGAAGCGCGUCUCUCCUUGCCUUUGGCCGACGAUGACUGUGAUGAUUACGGCGUCGCACUUCUCAAUGGAAAGCUUCCAGAUGACUACCAAGAGUUUCUACGCGCAAGCAACGGUAUCGGGAAAGAUAUCUUCUUCGGUGCCGAUGACGUCAAUCAAACCGGCUGCUGGAUACUUGACAAUGGCUACAAUCUAUUUCCUUUCCGCUAUAAAGAUUAUCACCAACAUGAUGAAGAAGACGAACUGGAUCUUAUUAGGCUAACCGUGUACCCGGAGUUCGUCAUCGGCACUGGCGAGAUCUAUGGCACUGUCAGAUUUAUACCCCCUACCUGGACCAGGCCUUUUGUUAAGAAGUUCGAGAAAGCAUAUGCGGAGGCAGAUGAGUCUAAGAAGAGACUCUACGAGCGUGCAGCUCUAGAUAUGUAUGGUGGUAUAGAGCAGCUCAGGGCGACGGAAUGGCUGUGUGUCGAGUACCGGCCCUCUGAAUUCCAGCACAGGAUUUGGGGUGGGCUGAAGCCUUUCCUGGAAGAGUAUGUCCAGAGGGGAGUCGACGAUAGGGAGGAAAGACAGAGACGGGAGAGGAGAGACACGAAGAAGGAGCAGGAAAACAAGGGUUGA